AUGGCUUCCGGCGGAGUGGCUCCAACCAAGAAACAGGUCGAAGACGUCGUCAGGGGCACAAACCUUGGUGACCUGGGCCCGGCCUGGAUCGACGACCUUGUUGGCUUGGUGCAAAGCAAGCUCAGUUCGAGCUGUGACUCUACCGAUGCGUCUGAACCAUCGACCCCCAGUGACGUGCCGUCUACACCAAGCUCCGAACUCAGCGAGCCCCCAGACUGGUUUCCCGGGUCCAAGCCGUUCCAGGCCACGGUCGAGGACGAGGACUGCUCCACAGCAAAGGAGCGCAGCCCCGGGUCCAUGGCAAGCCAAAGGCCAAGCUCAAACACAUCUCGCCGGCGACCUCCAAAACUGGACUCGUCUAACACCAGCAUGCGGCCGCCCACUUGCUUGAAGGACGCGCCCCUUGAAAAAACCAAAUCAUCCAAUCCUCCGUUUGCCCCGUCCGCCCCCAGCAGCCCAAAGCUCCGGCCCACCGUUCAUUUCUCGGAACGUCCACCGCCCAGGCUGAACAGCCGGGUGCUCGCUCGCUCCGACUCGGCGGCAAAGACAAACUCGGUUCCAGAGCUGUCCGUAGUAGACCUCCAAUGGGGACGACUGUUCACCGGGUGCGGUGAGCCCACCACGAGGCUCCGCCAGGUCCUGCGCGGCCUGGCCAACUACAUUAAUGCCGAGUACGAGCCAAAAAACUCCGUUGUCAUCACGCCGGGAAAGCUCUAUACGUUCUACAAGAGAUGCCAACUUGACGUGGAGCUCUACCCAUUUCAGGUCAUCUUUGACUGCUCCUCCCGGAAGCCGAUGCGAUGCCUCGAGUUAUUCUACCAGGACCUCAGGUGCGAGUACCAUCUCGUACAGGGCGAGAGCAGAGACAGGCCCUACAUCCCAGCUCUGACAUCGGACGGGUUCGUCAACUGGAUGUCUGCCUUCAUCCAGGCCAGCCCCGACGCGGAGGCAAAGCGGCUAGACGGCAUCAUGGCGGCCCUUCCCAUCGAGGCGGACAGCGAAGCGCCAAACGAGAAACCCGAGAGGCUACCAAAGCAGCUUUCCAGACACCUGUUCCCUUCAAGGCCGCAUGAGAGAACUUGCCAGUACGUCAGCAAUGCCCUCAAGGUCUGGUACGAUGCCCAGGGCCUGUCGAAUUCGCGCCCGCCAUCGUACCUGGACGCUUUCCGUAACCUUUUCGCCCGAAGCCUGAGCCCCAGGCCCCGUGACAGAGACCGUCGCGAAGACAGAGGCCAGGGGUCCGCGCGCGAUGACCGGGAGACAUUCAUUGAAGUCAUCGAAGUUCCGCCUGGCCACUCGUCUGACUCUCAGAGGUCUUCGGGACCAUACCCCCGGACCAGAGACUGGGACGAGUACUCGACCCGAUCUUCCCGAUCUUCGCGGUCUUCGGGCAAGGUCUUGGUCGAGGAGGCCUCCAGACACAGCCGAGACGCGUCUCCGAGACGCCGCCACCACCGCCACCACCGUCGCGAAGGCAGCCCUCGCCCCAGCAAGCAUCGACAUUCUGGCGCGGCAUCUGGAUACGCGUCCUCGCUGCCGCGGACGACACCUCCGUCGUCGCGUGAGGGAAGCCCUAAGGCGUCGGCCAACCGGGCAGAGAACUAUGCCUUUUUCCAGGGCCGCGAGUCCGGGCCGACAUACGAGGGGAUUCUGCGGGAGACGCCGACGACGAGACGCACUCAGCGCGCAUCGCGUCACCGAGCCUGA